AUGCAUUGCCAUCCUUCCACCAUGUCAACCGUUCUGACAGCUCUCUCCCGACACUCCGAAGAAAUUGAAUCCAUCUUGGUUGUCAUCAAUGGGUUUCUGGGUGCGCUCAGAACAAAGAGUCCCCUCGAUUUCGACAAGUACUGCGUGCGAGCGGGCGGGAUGUCCCUCUGGCCGCCGUCGCCGACUCUGCCUCGCUUCUGCACCAUCGGCGCCUUUGUGGAACAGGUGGUAAAGAUUCAGGACGAGAUUGACGAGCGUAUCUGGGAUCCGGAGGUGAAAGUGUAUCCCUCAGGCAGCCUGGCCGCUGUCUGGGCGCCUUUUCGAGCAAAGGUCAAUGGUGUUGUGCAUCAUGUCGGGGUCGAGCUUUUCAUACUUCACAAAGUUAACAGCACAUGGAAGGUGACGGGAGUGGCCGAUUCGUGUCGAGAACCGACAGAGGAGGAAAAGAUUUGGUUGCCAUGAAAGGGUGAUUGAAGAAGUGUGGCAUGGUUUAGGAUUCGAGAGCUUCGAUGACUUUGUGCAAGAUGGGACACGGCACGCUGAAGUGUGAAGAGCCGAGAGAAGUAUGGAGGGGGAGGUUCGCGGUAAUGGCUCUCUGGGAGAAUCGCUUCAUUUGCAAGGGUGUGUGCCAGCUCCCAUAUUGCCAUAAAUGUCCUUCCUAUAUACAUUAAUAUCAAGCACAAGUCGAAUGGAAUUGAACGCAUUGAAACUCUU